AUGGGUUCUUGCAAGGUUCCUUACAUGAGUGUUCUUCUGCUUUGCUUUUUCAUUGGGAGUUUUUUUGUGCCUCAAUGUCUUUCUAUUGGAGAUAAUGCCAACCAAAGAGCAAUUCUUCUUGUUAAUGCUUCUGAAGCAUUGGGACGGCCAAUACCCGAAACACUUUUUGGAAUAUUUUUUGAGGAGAUUAACCAUGCCGGUGCUGGAGGGUUGUGGGCAGAGCUUGUGAGCAACAGAGGUUUUGAAGCUGGGGGACCUAAUAUCCCCUCAAACAUAGACCCUUGGUCUAUUAUAGGGGAUGAGGACUCAUCCCUUACAGUGUCCACUGACCGCUCAUCAUGUUUUGAGCUCAAUAAGGUUGCACUCCGAAUGGAGGUACUAUGUGACACAACAGGUACCAAUAAAUGUCCUGCUGGGGGCGUUGGUAUUUAUAACCCGGGCUUCUGGGGCAUGAAUAUUGUGAAAGGAAAGAAAUACAAAGUGGUUCUGUAUGUUCGUUCGUCAGGAGCAAUUGAUCUAUUCGUGUCAUUGACGAGCUCAAAUGGCUUGGAGACACUGGCAACUUGUGAAAUAUUAGCUUCUGCUUCUCAAGUCUCAAACUGGACAAAGAUGGAGGUCCUGCUGGAAGCCAACGCCACAAACCCUAAUUCAAGACUUCAAUUGACUACAACCAGAAAAGGAGUUAUUUGGUUUGACCAAGUGUCAGCUAUGCCAGUGGAUACAUAUAAGGGACAUCGUUUCCGAAGUGAGCUUGCUGAAAUGUUGGCAGAUCUAAAACCAAAAUUUAUCAGAUUUCCAGGUGGCUCCUUUGUUGUAGGUGAUUGGUUAAGAAAUGCAUUUCGUUGGAAAGCAACCAUUGGACCCUGGGAGGAGAGACCAGGGCACUUUGGUGAUGUUUGGAUGUACUGGACGGAUGAUGGCCUUGGUUACUUUGAGUUUCUCCAACUAACCGAGGACCUAGGCGCAUUGCCAGUAUGGGUGUUCAAUAUUGGUAUCAGUCGUAAUGAUCAAGUUAGUACUUCCAAUGUCAAGCCUUUUGUGCAAGAAGCCCUCGAUAGUAUUGAGUUUGCUAGAGGCGGUCCUAAUUCUACAUGGGGUUCUAUGCGAGCUGCAAUGGGACAUACAGAACCUUUUGACUUGAGACAUAUAGCUCUUGGGAAUGAGGAUUGCUGGAAAACGAAUUAUCGAGGAAAUUACCUCAAGUUCCAUAAUGCCAUAAAGAAGGCUUAUCCAGACAUCAAAAUUAUCACAAAUUGUGACAGGUUUUCUCAAAAGUUGGAUCACCCUGCAGAUUUGUAUGAUUAUCAUGUUUAUCCAUUAUCUGCCAAGGACAUGUUUUCGAUGGCUCAUUGGUUUGAUCUUACAUCACGUGACGGUCCAAAGGCUUUUAUAAGUGAGUAUGCUGUAACUGGGAAAGAUGCUGGCAAAGGAACUUUUUUAGCAGCACUGGCUGAGGCUGCAUUCCUUAUUGGGAUUGAACAGAACAGUGAUGUAGUUAGCAUGGCAAGCUAUGCACCACUUUUUGUGAAUGACAAUGACAGAUGGUGGAAUGCAGAUGCAAUUGUCUUUAACUCUUCACAGCUAUAUGGAACACCAAGCUACUGGGUGCAACACUUCUUCAGGGAGUCGAGUUCAGCAACUCUUCUUCAUUCAACACUCCAAAAAAAUACAUCCACUUCCCUUAUUGCAUCUGCAAUUAUGUGGGAAAACUCAGAUGAUAGCAAGAGUUACCUAAGAAUAAAGAUUGUGAACUUUGGGAAUGACACAGUUAAUCUCAAGAUAAGUGUGGACGGAUUGGAGCCCAACUCCACAAUACAGUUAUCCGGGUCGACAAAGACCAUACUCACCUCUGGUAAUCUGAUGGAUGAGAAUUCCUUCAACGAGCCAAAUAAGGUCAAACCGAAACAGAGUCCGCUUGAAAAUGCUGGCAAGGACAUGGAAGUGAUACUCCUUCCGUAUUCUGUCACUUCAUUUGAUCUGUUGAAAGGAUCUAGCAACAUCAGAACUGCAAGAAACGAUUCUUUCUCUAGAUCACCUUUUUAAAAUAUUAACUGAUGAAUAUCAAGUACUGCACUUUUGAGAAAUAAAGGUAAUAACCCAACAAAAGAUGGCAGCAUCCUUGCAAUGUCAACUAUUCUGCUGAAAAUGUCAUGUUUUAUGUAAUAUCAAAUUCGUUGCUUUUAGCUUCCAUGCUUGUAACUUUGUAAGUAUAUGUAUGAAUGCUCUUUGUUCUUGGUGAUGAAGUUAUAUCCUUCAGUUCAUUUUAAUACGCCCAGGCACAAUGCAUUUCCAUUCCAUCGUUAUAACUCAAUACAAAAUGGUCUGUGUUGAAGGGUUGAUCAAUCUGUUUGGUCAAAUCACUUAGCUCCAACUAGUUAGUUCCUCAUUCUCAAAAUGACAUGUUGCUACAUAAUCAGUAAUGGUCAAAUCAAGAUUGCAUCGAAUGGAUCUAGACUCUAUAAGCCUAACCAAUCGUUAGGCAAAUCCCUGGUAUCAUAACUCACAGGAGUGACUCUAGGCUUUGGGAUGAAUCUAAAGUUAGGCAAAUCCCUUGGAUAAGAGUCAACCAAGUACAUCAUGAAAAUUCACCUCCCAUAAACCAAAAAGAAUAGUCCACCUUUUGGACUGUGCUGAUAUCCAUGAGCAGUUUAAAAUUUCUCUGUCUGGAAAGUGGUUUGAGGAAUACUUCAAACAAAAUCUAAAUUGACCCUGUUCACUCACAAUAAUCUAAAAUCUCUAGGACCUCUAGCUUGAAUCCUACUUGUUCGUCAAUGUCAAAACAUUUUCUAAAAUACUUACAUUGAGCAUAGAGAUGCCUAAAGAUCUUUACAAAACAAGAAGAUAAAAAAGUGAUGCCCCUUGUAACAAGAUAUCCUUGAAUUCAAUCCCGAUGUGGUAGUCCACAACAACUUUGAAAUGGCAACAGUCCAUUGUCAUGACUCAAAUUGCUCCUCUGCAUCCAUGGAUUGCAUAAUAUGGACCAAAUCAUCUCUCAAAAGAUAAGGUGAAAACAUCAUUCCUUGUAGGACCUAAAAUCCAGCCACAAACCAACCCCAAGAACCCUAAUCCCCCCAUUGUUACUGCCAACGGCCACCACCAAAGGUGGACCAAGAAAUUUCCUCCACUUUCUUCUUCACACACAUAUUGCCAUAAAAUCAGAAAAUCAUGCCCAGCUUUGUGCACCCAAAUGUCUACUCGUUUCCCUCAUUUUUAUCAUCAAGAACCAAGAAGCAGUUCAUAUAUGUCAAUCAUUUGAAGAUAAGAAGAGGUAAGAGCUUAAGUCAGAAGUCAAAUUCUAGUAAUUAGGGGAUGUGAACCUUGAUCG